UCAGAGUUGAAUAUUCAUUGCCAGAUUUGGAUUGCACAAGAAAUAUUCUGUAAAAUAAGGAAAAUUUAAUAGUGUUUGAAAAACGCGAUAGGAAAAUAAAAAGCACGACUUUGUCAUUAUAAGAUAAAGUACAAAACAGAACAAAUGUCAAGGAAAACGAUUUCGCUGUUUACGCUUGCAAAUCGUUAUGCAGCUGCUGUGAAGAGCCAAAACGUGUUGGCGACAAGGCCAGCGCUGCGUUUCUACAGUACGGAAAACUCUGCACAAAARCCACAACAGUCAGAUAACGAUGGCUCAAAUCCGUUGGAAGGCGCAGUUGCUGAAGCCACAAAGAAGCUGACAGAAGAAAUUGAAAUACUAUCCAAAGAAGUGAAUGACUUGAAAGAAAAGAAUGAUGAAUUAUUAGAUAARUACAAACGUUCACUAGCAGACAGUGAAAAUCUGCGUACACGUCUCACCAAACAGAUAGCUGAUGCUAAAGUUUUUGGCAUACAGAGCUUUUGUAAAGACCUGCUUGAGGUAGCUGAUAUAUUGGGACAUGCCACAGACGCGGUGCCGAAAGAUGAACUCAACGAUAAUAAUCCACAUUUGAAGAACCUAUACGAAGGUUUGACCAUGACUAAAGCUUCACUGUUGCAGGUGUUCAAACGUCAUGGCUURGAACCAAUCAAUCCACUUAACGAGAAAUUCAACCCAAAUAUGCACGAAGCAUUAUUCGAAAAGGAUGAUGCCACUGUCGAGCCCAGCACUGUUGUUGUUGUCACCAAAUUAGGCUACAAAUUGCAUGAACGUUGUAUACGACCUGCGUUGGUUGGUGUCUCAAAGUCAUGAGGGGAUUCUAACUUUGACRAAUAACUAAUGAAAAAGCUGCUUGRAAGUUCUCUGCAGUUYSUGAAACAACCGAAAACUAGUAUGCUCUUAUAAAUAUGUUGUUUUUUGUUUAAUUUUACUGUGGUUCGAGACCAAAUUUCAUAACAACUACUUCAUCUGUGAAGAAAAUUUCUUCUCUAGACUAAAUCGGCGAUUUCCAUUACAUAUAAUUGUUGUAUAUAAGCUUUGAAUACAUAACAGAGAGUUACGUCUGCAAUGUUAUGGCUUCCUUGUUUAUAUAUUUCAACUAUUGUUAAACUAUCCUUSAACUGCUAUAUUUUCUUUCCAAUAACCAAUGAAAUUCCGAAAAAAUUUCUAAUUGAAAAAGUAAUGAAAUUUAACUUAUGUCUCUAUUGACUUUUUCAACACUCUAAAAUGGUUCACUUGAAGCCGCAAAAUUUACAAAUAAAAAUGUAAUUUAGCUAUAAAAAUAAAAUUAUUAAGUWAGGCAAUGGAAUGUAUAAGUGUAUACGCAGACGCUUGCAUUUCACAAUGAUUAGUGUGCGUUUGUAUGAGUGCUUUGAAAGUUUAACUUGUUUUUCUUAAAGACUAAAUGMAAAGCGUUACACGAAUAACAUAUUCGCGAUGGUAUAGAAAUCUAUCUUAAUUAUAUAAUAAAAUGAAAAACAAAUGUUUGUAAAAUAUAUAA